CUCGUGCGACAUCCUGCGCUUGGGAAAGCAAAAUUAAGCUGAUCGAACACAUAAUUCACCACUGCCACCAUAGCGAUGGCCACCGCCGCCGCUCCGGCGCCUCACGUUCUGGUCGUUCCGUUCCCGGCGCAGGGCCACAUGAUCCCGCUCCUCGAUCUCGCAGGCCUCCUCGCGGCCCGCGGCCUUCGCCUCACCGUCAUCGUUACCCCCGACACUGCCCCGCUCCUCGCUCCCCUCCUCGGUGGAGCCAUCCGUGCGGUCACUCUCCCGUUUCCAACCCACCCGGCCUUCCCCGCCGGCGUCGAGAGCGCCAAGGGAUGCCCGCCCGCUCUCAUGGGCACGCUCAUCGUCGACUUCGCGGGGCUCCGCGGUCCGCUCGGUUCCUGGGUGCGCGCCAACUCCGGCACCCCCGACCGCGUCGUCGCCAUACUCUCCGACUUCUUCUGCGGCUGGACGCAGCCGCUCGCCGCCGAGCUCGGCCUACCGCGCAUCACCUUCUCGUGCUGCGCCGUCUACGGCACCGCCGUGCUCCACUCGCUCCUGCGUCGGCUGCCCAGACGCGAGCACGAGAACGACGACGAGUGCCCGAUUCCAUUCCCAGAUCUCCCGGGCGCCCCGGCGUACCCGUGGCGCCAGCUCUCGUUGAUGUACCGGACCUACAAGGAGGGCGACGAGGUGGCAGAGGGGAUCAGGAGAAACUUCCUCUGGAACCUGGAUUGCUCGGCGUUCGUGUGUAGCACGUUCAGGAGGCUCGAGGGACGGUACCUGGAAGCGCCCCUCGCUGACAUGGGCUUUCGGCGCGUGCGCGCGGUAGGACCAUUGGCGCCAGAGGCCGAUGCCACGGGCAACCGCGGUGGAGAGACGGUGGUAACCGCGGCCAACCUCUGUGCUUGGCUCGACAAGUUCGAGGACGACAAAUCCGUCAUCUACAUCAGCUUCGGGAGCAUGGCGGUGCUGCAGCCAGCUCAUGCGGCGGCGCUGGCUGCCGCCCUGGAGCGGACGGGCGCGGCGUUCGUGUGGGCGGUAGGUCCGGCUGUGACACUCCCGGACGGGUUCGAGGAGCGUGUUGCGUCUGGCGGCAGGGGCAUGGUCAUCCGAGGAUGGGCGCCGCAGGUGGCCGCGCUACGGCACCGGGCGGUGGGUUGGUUCGUGACGCACUGUGGGUGGAACUCGGUGCUGGAGUCCGUGGCGGCCGGGGUGACCAUUCUGGCGUGGCCGAUGACUGCCGACCAGUUUGUGAACGCCCGGCUUCUCGUGGACGAGCUGCGCGCCGCCGUGCCGGUGUGUUGGGGCGGCGUUGCCACGGCGCCAAGCGCCGACGAGCUGGUUUGCGUGCUCAAGUCGACAGUGGUGGGGAAGGGGCGGGACGGGGAGUCGGGUGAUGUGGCCGCACGGACCAAGGAGCUAGCCGAGGAAGCGGCCGCGGCGGUGCGUGAAGGUGGCAGCUCGUGGCAGGAGGUGGAGGAGCUGGCACGGGAGCUCCGCGAGAUCGGGAGAUAGCUUUUCGUUUCGAGAGAGACAUAUAUUAGGUGGUGAAGCUAAGCGGCAUCAAAAACUUGGAAUAAACGGCUCAAACUUGGGGUGUGUUCAUUCCUGCUUACAAUUAAUGAUUCGUAUAUGUAUAUCCACGAUGUGUUACAACUUACAAGUCCCCGACUAGAUGGAUAUAUCUGAGCUCUUC